AUGAACCUUCCCCCUACUAAACCCACUCCUCCGCAGCCAGACACUGCCCAAAAGUCCGAAUGCGGCCACUGCGCCUCCAAGGACAGCCGUCUCUUCCACCGCCUCUGGAUUCGCGGCAUGAACCGCCGCGUCUGCACCUCCUGCGUGCUCCUCCUCCACCCCUCCUCCUUUUGUCCCUCCUGCUUCCAAUUCUUUGACCACCCUCUCUCCAACACCUCCUCCGCCUCCGCCCACCGUUUCCUCUCUUGCACCAAAUGCUCCUCUCUCACCCACCUUGAUUGUCUCCCUUCCCCUCCCCCUUCCUCCACCUUCCUCUGCCCCCCUUGCUCUCAACCAAACUUUUCUUUCUUCCCCGAUUCCACCUCCCCCCUUGACAAACGCCGUGCCCUCAUCUUCCUCUGCGCCUGCAAAGUCGCGGCAGCCGCAGCUGCCAAGUCCCUGUCCCUCGCCCGGGCCCGUGUUGAGCGAACAGUCCGCGAGGCAGCCAUUGCGAGAAAGAGGGCCCGGGACGCUCUCGACCAUUGCUGCAUUCUCGACAAGAUUAAGCGCCUCGGCCUGGAAGGCAGUCUCGAGGUUUCCAACGCAAGGAAUUUGGGAACGCAUCAUAACAAUGUUGUGUGUAAAAAAGAGGAGUUGAAUAGCUUCACAGGACAGACUAACCUAAAUGUUAAGGUUCCUUCUGAGGUGCUGCCAUUGUCUCGCCCUGUCAUUAAAAAUGGGAAUAACGAAGGCAAAUUUUUGAAUCGAUAG